UCCGGAAAGCCGCCAUUGUUGCUCCGCGCGCGGCCUUUUUCCCGCGAGCGCGCCUGCGGCGGUGGCGGCGGCGGCGAUCCCCGGGAUGGAGGCGUCCAGCGGGCGGCCGGCGACGAUCUCCAUGUGGAAGGGAGAGCCGGCCGCUCCCUGUCCCCGGCCGGUGAAGGCGGUGGCUGAGGGCCUGGACUCCGGCCCCGCUUCCCCUCCAGCCCCACACGCACAGGACUCGGUCACCUUUGAAGAUGUCACCGUGACCUUCACUCUGGAGGAGUGGACCCUGAUGCAGCCUUCAGAGAAGCAGCUGUACGGAGAAGUCAUGUGGGAAACCUUUACAAACCUAGUCUCCGUAGGGGGGUUCAUUCUAGGAAAAGUCGAGGAGGUGCCUGCCGCCAGAGACCCCUGCCCGACGCAGAGCAGAACGCACAGAAACAACACGAGAGUCUGUGAAGGCAAGGAGAGAAGACAGCAUGGAGAGAAGCCCUACGAAUGCAAAGUGUGCAGCAAGGCCUACGAUCGCCCCAGCGUCCUUCACAUCCACGAAGUCUCUCACAGCGGAGAGAAGCCCUACGAGUGUAAGAUAUGUGGCCGGACAUUCAGUCAUCCCCGGUCUCUUCAGAGACACGAGCGAAACCACAGCGGAGAGAAACCCUACGAAUGUCAGACCUGCGGCAAGGCCUUCAGUUCCCUCAGCUACCUCCGUAUCCACGAGCGGACUCACAGCGGGGAGAAGCCCUAUGUGUGUAAGGUGUGCGGCAAGACCUUCAGCAACUCCAGCUCUCUCUGGCUCCACGGGAGAACUCACAGUGAAGAGAAGCCCUACACCUGUCGGCAGUGUAACAAGGCCUUCAGCUGUUCCGGCUACCUUCGGAAACACGAGAAGACCCACAGCGGGGAGAAGCCCUACGAGUGCAAAGUCUGCGGCAAAGUCUUCAGCAGUUCCCGGUACCUGCAGACCCACGAAAGAACUCACAGCGGAGAGAAGCCCUACGGCUGUAAACUCUGCAGCAAAGCCUUCAUCUGUUCCAGUCACCUUCGGAGACACGAGAGGACUCACAGCGGGGUGAAACCCUACGCGUGUCCCAUCUGUCCCAAGACCUUCAGUCACUCGAGUUCCCUCCAGAGACACGAGAGAACUCACAGUGGAGAGAAGCCCUUUGAGUGUGAGGUAUGCGGCAAGGCGUUCGGGUCUUACAAAUCUCUCCAGAUCCACAAGAGGGCGCACACCAUCGAGAGACCCUACGAGUGCAAAUCGUGCACCAAGGCUUUCAGCCACGCGAGCCUCCUCGAGAGGCACGAAAAGACCCACCGUGGCGAGAAGCCCUACGGGUGUAAGAUCUGCAGCAAGUCCUUCAAUUCCUCCAGUUACCUUCAGAUCCACGAGAGAACUCACAGCGGAGAGCGGCCCUACGAAUGUAAGAUCUGCAGCAAGUCCUUCAGUUAUUCCAGCUACCUCCUGGUCCAUGAAAGGAAUCACGACGGAGAGAAACGCUAUGAAUGCCGGACCUGCAGCAAAUCGUUCAGCACUUCCAGCUACCUGCUGGUCCACGAGAGGAUCCACAGCGGGGAGAAGCCCUACGGCUGUAAGGUCUGCGGCAAAGCCUUCAGCUCCUCCAGCUACCUGCAGAUCCACGAGAGAAGUCACAGCGGGGAGAAGCCCUACGGCUGUAAGGCGUGCGGCAAAGCCUUCAGCCGGUCCAGCUCCCUGCAGAUCCACGAGAGAAGUCACAGCGGUGAGAAGCCCUACGAGUGUAAGACGUGCGGCAAGACCUUCAGCUGCUCCAGUUACCUGCGGAUCCACAAGAGGACUCACAGCGGAGAGCGGCCCUACGGAUGCGCCAUCUGCCACAAAGCCUUCAUCUACUCCAGCAACCUUCAGAUCCACGAACGCUGUCACAGCGGCGAGAAGCCCUACGAGUGUCAAACCUGCCACAAAGCCUUCAGCUCCUCCAGCUACCUGCUGGUCCACGAGAGGAUCCACAGCGGGGAGAAGCCCUACGGCUGUAAGGUCUGCAGCAAAGCCUUCAGCUCCUCCAGCUACCUGCAGAUCCACGAGAGAAGUCACAGCGGGGAGAAGCCCUACGGCUGUAAGGUGUGCGGCAAAGCCUUCAGCCGGUCCAGCUCCCUGCAGAUCCACGAGAGAAGUCACAGCGGCGAGAAGCCCUACGAGUGUAAGACGUGCGGCAAGACCUUCAGCUGCUCCGGUUACCUGCGGAUCCACAAGAGGACUCACAGCGGAGAGCGGCCCUACGAGUGCACCGUCUGCAGAAAGGCUUUCAGCUGUUCCAGUUACCUUCACAUCCACGAAAGAAGCCACGGGACCUGGGGAGACAGCACAGCGGUUCUACAGAGAGACGCUCCCGCCCCAGGCUCUGACGUUCCUGCUUCAGUCCCCAGCACCGCCGUAACCCAGAGCUGAUCAGGGUUCUGGUUUAGGAAAAAAAAAAAAAAAAAACCGUGAAGAGAAAGAAGUUACAGUGGAGAAAACCUCAUGGGUGGCGUAGACUAUGUAGUCAGUCGUUCAGUCUCUCAGCACUUAGCGGACACAUUAGAAGGGGGCCGGGUGGUACACCGGGUCUAGCGCAGCACUUAGUACAGAGACGUUAGGAGGACCCACUGCGGACAGUACUGCAUGCGACCACGGUCCAGCCCAGUUACCAGUUCACCACAAGAACCUGAGGUGCUCUGGUGUCUUUCCUUUGCCCUCUGACUCUGUUUCCCAUAAAAGGGUGACUCAUUGUAGAGAAGCCAAGAAAUGAUAUUCUGGUCAGAGAAUUUCCACUUCUUUGUUUUACAGUUACACACACACACACACUCACACUCCCUCCUCUCCUUGACAGAAGUUUUGUGGGGUAGUGGGAGUAAGGAAUUCCAGUUGUCCUCUGCUAAUUGUGUUUAUUAUUCUUUUUCCCUCAAGAUAGGAUGUGAGACAUGGAGACAUGAUUCCCCAGUCUUGUGGCUCUCAGGCUUCCCUUCUCAGUGCUCCCAAAUGUUUUGUUUCCCAGAGCACUGUUCAGCUCUGGUUAAUGGGGGGUACGGGGUGGGGUGGAUGG